UUUUAUUCUCUUUCUAUUCUUUAUGAUGUAUUUAAGAAUUUACAUAUAAUUGUUUUGCUUAUGCCUUAUUGUGCUUCAAAGUUCAGUAACACUAGUAGCAGGUUUUGGCAUAGAUCUUAAUGUGGUUUUUAUUAUAAAUACGUAAAAUGAUUAAACAGGUUUUUAAAUCAUUUCCGGACAAUAAACCAAUAUCAGGAUUAUGUAUAGUUGAAGAUAUUACAAAAUGCCCAACUGGAUAUAAUCCCAUAUCAAAAACACAUGACCAAGAUUCAGAUGCUGAUUUACAUAUGCAGUCAUGGAAAGAGUCUGUGUUUAUUGGCAGAAAAAUUUCUAGAUAUUUAUGCUUAUCUAAAACAGAAGGAAUUUCGGAUUACAUUGUAGUAAAUAUAAAUAUAAUAAAUGAAAAAGAAUGUCCUCCUGAUGGCUAUUGUUUAAUUCCCAGAACUAUUGACAGUGAUCAAAAAGCCUGGCGAAAACGUCAACUGUGUUACAAAUUAACUAGAAAAAGUCAAGCUACUUAUGCAAUUACUGAUAUUAUACUAUUAAGUCGAUCAAAGAAAGCACCAGAUGGUUUUAAUUUAGUUGGGGAUUUAAAUGGUUUAACACUUUGUUAUAAAACUAGUCCUCAAUCUCCAGAUAAUAUGCCAUUACCAUCACUGACUUAUGGAUUGACACCAACGCCGCCAUCAACAGAAAACAUUCCAAAAAGUAAUGGGUCCUUAAGUUCACUUCCCAGUUUAGAAUCUAGUGCUAAUGCAUUAUCUCAUGAUUAUGAUCGACUAAUGUCGUUAAAACCUACACGGCCAGCACCAAAAUUACCUCCAACAUAUUCAUCUUCUAACUAUUCAACAUUAAAUUCAUAUCAAGGAUUAGAAGGUAUUCCAUUUGUAUUGAAUCAAAAUAUUUCUAUGGAAAACAAGUCUAUUUUUAAGGAUAUACCAGAGAUUAAAAUAAAAACAGCUGAAGAUCUUGAUUUAGAAUACAACUACAGUUUUGAACAAGAAAGACAAGUGUGAUUUCCUACUUAUUUUUUGAAUUGUAAGUUUAAAAAAUUUUUAAAACUUAAAAUGUAUUAAAUAUUAAUUUAUAAUAUGUAUAAUAUGUAUGUAUACAUAUAAUGUAUUUAACACAUCAUUUAUUUCAUCUAAUUCAAUUUUAGAUUAUACCUAAGUAACUUAAUUUUAUGAUUACAGAAACUAUUAAUUAUUAUUUUUUAAAUUACUAUAAUUUUUUUUAAUAAUAUAGUUUAAAUUAUCUUUUUAAAUUGUUAACGGUGUGAUGAAAUGUUUUACUAUCAUACUCGUUAGUUAAGUCAAAGUUGACUUUAUUACUAAUAUUAAUUACCAAUUGCGUAUUUAAAGAUAGUUUAGGUAUUUCAGAUCAAACAUAUCAUGACAGCUUAGUACUAUAAUAUAUGUAUAUAGUGAAAUCUCAAUAAAUUGAACAAAAUUCCCUUUUAUCACUUUGUACCUAAUGGUUCAAAUUAUUCCAAUUUUUCAAAUCAUUUAGUUAUUUUAUUAUAUCAAUCUUUGAGAUUUCACUGGAUCAUUAAUACUCAUGACUUUUACUAUAUUUCAAUGUUACCUAAUAGAUAUUUUUUGCCAUUAUAAAAAAAUAAAUUAUUAAGCUAAUA